AUGCACGACAAGCUCUUGGAUCCCACGCGGUAUGUGGACGCACAGGCGUACAAAGCGUACGAGCAGCACAAGGGCCACGAACUCGUGGUAUCCGAGUGUGUCGUUGGUCCGCCUUCUCAAGUGUUUGACGCGUGGCUGGAGCAAGUCUGGCUCGCAGGUGGCGUGGAGCUGCAUGAAGGUCAAGGUCGAGGCUACGUCGGCCACGUACGUGGCGCCCCAUUGGGUAUCGAAGAAGAGAUCCUCUCAGCUGGAUUACCGAUUGACGGCCAUAUCGACAGCAACGAUGGACGGCCAAGUCUUGCAGCAGCUGAACGCGACCGGUUCAAGAUCCCGUCCAUCUGCUACAAGAUCCGUAAGUUUGGCCUGUUCCCGAUCCAGAACCACCUCGCGUUUGUGCAGUUUGUCGACGUUGCUGCCUCUCCAAAGAGUACACCAGCGACGCUCGUGAUCUGGUCCCUAAAGAUGGAGCCAAGUGCAAUUGGAUACCUGCUCUGUUGUGGGGGAUUCACCAAGCUCUUGCUCCGCUCGGUAUUGCGGACGGCGUUAAAAGAGUUGGCGGCAAGUGCUGCUGCAAAGGCGAAUCGCUACUCGGAAUAG